AUGGCCAGCACAACAACUAUGGCACAAGAUAUCAUCCUGUGUCACCUCUGUGACAAGAGAGCCGCUCUGCUUCACUGUAAUCCCUGCCAGGACAACUUAUGUGAAGAAUGCGUCGGGAGGCAUUAUAUGACGUCAUCUUCCUCCUCACAUGAGAUCGUCAAAUACAAGGACAUGAAAUUCCAGCUGAAAUUUUCCAAUUGCAAAGCUCACGAAACUGAGAAAUGUACCGUCGUUUGUCAAAACUGUGAUCUACCAGUUUGCAUAAAAUGUUUAACAGGGGUCCAUAAAGGACAUGAUGCUGUUGAUUUUUCUGAAAUCAUUGUUGCAGCAAAGAACCGGAUAGAAGAAAACACUGCUAGUGUGGAAAAGAUCCUUCCUCAGUUUGAACAGGCGGACAGACGAAUCGAGUCCAAAAUAGGGGAUUUGAUUUCAAGAUGCGAUGAAAUGCAAAAUUUAGUCACAGAACAUGGAAAAGAAUGGCGUCAAGCCAUUGAUUAUAUCGUCGAGAAAAACAAAGGUGCUAUCAAUAAAAUGAAAGAAGAUGGGAUAAAAGAUUUAAGAGAGAGUCAAGCAGAAAUUAAGGACACAAUCGAAGUCUUAAUGCAAGCAGUUCGAAACAACAGAAAAAUCAUUCAGUCCGUUGAUGCGAAUGAAAUCAACCAAUACAAAUUGACAUCACAGAACUUUUACCAGAAUAUUCCGUUAGAAGUUGAAUUACGACUUCCAACAUUUGUCCCCUCGCAGAUACAUUCUGUUCAACUACAAAAAAAAUUUGGAGUACUGAAUUCUCCUGUGAUUUUGCGUCAACCCAAAACAAGAAUAGAAUCAGUCUCCAAACCUCGGAAGCUGCUAGACAAAGCCAUUGACAUAAAAACAUUUUCUGUUGAGAACAACUUGAGGCAGAUGGCUUGUCUUGGAACUGAUGAGGCUUGGAUAACGUAUAAAGAAAAGUCAAUCAUCCAACGAAUAAACACACAGGGUUUCAUACUGGAGACCGUUAUGUCUAGUUGUGUGGAUUGGAAUGGUCAUCCGAGUGACAUUUUGAUAAAAAACGGAGAGCUAUUAUAUACAGAUAGAAUGAAAAGAUCAGUUAAUAUUGUCAGAGAUGGCAAAUCUACCAACUUUAUCACGGUGCAAAAGGGAUGGGAGCCGCUAGGACUUUGCGGUACAAAAUCAGGCGACUUACUGGUUGCUAUGGGUACUUCUUAUGAGGGAACUUAUAAGAUUGUGCGCUACGAAGGGCAAAAAGUUAAGCAGGAGAUAGAAAAAGAUGACCGGGGGAAUUCUUUAUUUAAUGAAGGAGAUCGAAUGUUCUAUGUGGCAGAGAAUGUCAAUGGGGAUAUAUGUGCUUGUGACGUGAACGCCAGGGCCGUUGUUGUGGUCAACAAGGCGGGGAAACUCCGAUACCGAUAUAAAGGAAUGCAAACGAUGGAAGGAAAGUUUAUUCCAUGUACCAUUAUUACGGACGCCAUGGGUCGUAUCCUGGUGGGGGAUAAUGGGAAUAAAUGCAUCCACAUCAUUGAUCAGGACGGACAGUUUCUCCGUAGUCUGGAUGACUAUGAUAGAUUAAGUAUUGACGAUCUAGGACGACUCUGGUUGGGGGAAUCUGGGGGUAAUGAGGUGAAAGUCUUCAAAUAUACCGAAUAG